GCGCCUCCCGCCGCCUCCGCCGGCCGGCCCGGACCGGGGCUGCCAUGGGGCGGCCGCUGUGAGCGCGGCGGCGGCGGGGCUGCGCCUCUCGCCCCGGCCGGGGCUCCCCUCCAUUGUUCCCGGGAGCGGCGGCUCCGCGCCGCCGCCGCCGCCCGCGGGGCUCCGCUUGUAGGGGCUGAGAGCCCUGCGGAGACCGGGGCCAGCCCGGGGCCCCCAUGGAGUGGGAGUUGUGGAGCCCAGUUGCCGAGCAGUAGCCGCAGCAGUGGGAUGUUUACCUGGCGGUGCCUCAUCCUUUGGGCUGUGCUGGUCGCAGCCGCGCUCUCCGCCGCCCGGCCGGCCCCCACCCUGCCCGACCAAGCUCUGGCCAAAGCAAAAAUUGAAGUGGAGUCGUACUCAGCCCACCCCGGUGAGCUGCUCCAGCUGCGCUGCCGGCUGCGGGACGACGUCCAGAGCAUCAACUGGGUGCGCGAUGGCAUCCAGCUGGCCGAGAACAACCGCACACGCAUCACUGGGGACGAGGUAGAGGUCAGGGACGUGGUGCCCGAGGACUCGGGGCUCUACGCCUGCAUGACCAACAGCCCCUCGGGCAGCGAGACCACCUACUUCUCUGUGAACAUCUCAGACGCUCUCCCCUCGGCAGAGGAUGAUGACGAUGAAGAUGAUUCCUCGUCGGAGGAGAAGGAGGCGGAUAACACCAAACCGAACCAGGCCAUCGCUCCCUACUGGACCUAUCCCGAGAAGAUGGAGAAGAAGCUCCACGCUGUCCCCGCUGCCAAAACAGUGAAAUUCAAGUGUCCAUCGAGCGGGACACCCAACCCCACACUGCGCUGGCUGAAGAACGGCAAAGAGUUCAAACCUGACCACCGCAUUGGGGGGUACAAGGUCCGCCAGGCGACCUGGAGCAUCAUCAUGGACUCGGUGGUGCCGUCCGAUAAGGGCAACUACACCUGCAUUGUGGAGAACAAGUACGGCAGCAUCAACCACACCUACCAGCUGGAUGUCGUGGAGCGGUCCCCGCACCGGCCCAUCCUGCAGGCAGGGCUGCCUGCCAACAAGACAGUGGCCCUGGGCAGCAACGUGGAGUUCGUCUGCAAGGUCUACAGCGACCCUCAGCCCCAUAUCCAGUGGCUGAAGCACAUUGAGGUGAACGGCAGCAAGAUCGGCCCCGACAACCUGCCCUACGUGCAGAUCCUGAAGACGGCUGGCGUUAACACGACAGACAAAGAAAUGGAAGUCCUUCACUUAAGGAAUGUCUCAUUUGAGGAUGCUGGGGAGUAUACAUGUUUGGCGGGUAAUUCUAUUGGGAUCUCCCAUCACUCUGCAUGGUUGACAGUUCUCGAAGCUAUUGAAGACACCCCAGCCAUGAUGACGUCUCCUUUCUACCUGGAGAUCAUCAUCUACUGCAUCGGAGCCUUCCUCAUCUCCUGCAUGGUGGUGACCAUCAUCAUCUACAAGCUGAAGAGCACCACCAAGAAGACAGACUUCAACAGCCAGCUGGCCGUGCACAAGCUGGCCAAGAGCAUCCCCCUGCGCAGACAGGUAACAGUGUCGGCUGACUCCAGCUCCUCCAUGAACUCGGGCGUGAUGCUGGUGCGGCCCUCGCGCCUCUCCUCCAGCGGCACCCCCAUGCUGGCCGGCGUCUCCGAGUACGAGCUGCCCGAGGACCCGCGCUGGGAGCUGCCCCGGGACAGGCUGAUCCUGGGCAAGCCUCUGGGAGAAGGGUGCUUCGGCCAGGUGGUGCUGGCAGAAGCCAUCGGCCUUGACAAGGACAAGCCCAACCGUGUGACCAAGGUGGCCGUGAAGAUGCUUAAGUCCGAUGCCACAGAGAAGGAUUUGUCUGACCUCAUCUCUGAGAUGGAGAUGAUGAAGAUGAUUGGCAAGCACAAGAACAUCAUCAACCUGCUGGGAGCCUGCACGCAGGACGGACCCCUCUAUGUGAUCGUGGAAUACGCCAGCAAGGGCAACCUGCGGGAGUACCUGCAGGCACGGCGGCCCCCGGGCAUGGAGUACUGCUACAACCCCAGCCGCGUCCCCGAGGAGCAGCUCUCCUUCAAGGACCUGGUCUCCUGUGCCUACCAGGUGGCAAGGGGCAUGGAGUACCUGGCCUCCAAGAAGUGCAUCCACAGGGACUUGGCAGCCAGGAACGUGCUGGUGACAGAGGACAACGUGAUGAAGAUCGCUGACUUCGGGCUGGCCCGCGACAUCCACCACAUCGAUUACUACAAGAAGACGACGAACGGUCGCCUGCCAGUGAAGUGGAUGGCCCCCGAGGCUCUCUUUGACCGAAUCUACACCCACCAGAGUGACGUGUGGUCCUUUGGGGUGCUGCUGUGGGAGAUCUUCACGCUGGGUGGGUCACCAUACCCUGGUGUGCCCGUUGAAGAGCUCUUCAAGCUGCUGAAGGAAGGUCACAGGAUGGACAAGCCCAGCAACUGCACCAACGAGCUGUACAUGAUGAUGAGGGAUUGCUGGCACGCCGUCCCUUCCCAGAGACCCACCUUCAAGCAGCUGGUGGAGGACCUGGACAGGAUCGUGGCCAUGACCUCCAACCAGGAGUACCUGGACCUCUCCAUGCCGCUGGAUCAGUAUUCUCCCGGCUUCCCAGACACCCGCAGCUCCACCUGCUCCUCGGGGGAGGACUCUGUUUUUUCCCACGACCCGCUCCCGGACGAGCCGUGCCUUCCCAAGCUUCCCCCCCAGCACAGCAACGGUGGCCUGAAGCGACACUGAGGGUGGCACUGCCGGGGGUGCCACGCCGUGCCACGCCGUGCCGUGCCCGUGGACGCUGCCUGCACAGCCUGCUCGUGCCGGGCUGUUGCAGAAGGGGUUCAGAGACAUCCGUGGCAUCUCACGUAACCAAAAGCAGCCACGUCCUGCCAGCUUCUCCUGCCUCCUCGUGCCAGCUCUCCACAGCCCACGGGGUUCGGCUCCAGGGUUUUUAUGGCAUUUCCUCCUUUUGUUUUUAAACCUCUUUUCCAUGGAUCCUGUGCUUGGGUAUUCCCACUUGGCUGAGCUGAAAUCCUCUCCCGUGGGCAGUGCGUGGCCAAAGAGCCGGCCAGGCCUUCUGGGGUGGCACAUCCUGGUGGGGCACAGGGGCUGGGCUGGCACACGGAGAACCUGCCAGGCCGGGAGCAGCACCUGGAUCCUGCGGCUGCACAAGGGGGAACCUUGGAAUUCUGAGAGCCUUGGGGUGCCAGAAGCCUCACUGGGGUGUCGGGAGCCUCACUGGGGUGUGCCAGGAGCCUCACUGGUGUGCCAGGAGCCUCACUGGGGUGUGCCAGGAGCCUCAGUGGGGUGUGCCUGGAGCCUCACUGGGGUGCCAGGAGUCUCUCUGGUGUGCCAGGAGCCUCCGUAUGCCCAGAGCCUCGUGGUGUGGGGGUCCCUCUCUGCCCAGGAUGCCCCAGGGCCAGUCCUGCAGCCCCCCAGGGCCAGCACCAGUGGGCUUUGCUGAGCCACAGCCAGCACAUGUGGUGCAGGAGCCCUGCACUGCUGAGAGGUGACCAAACCCACCUGUGCUGAACCCAGAGUCCCGUGUACAUAACGAAAAAUAUGUAUAAAUAUGAAUAUAUAUUUACAUGUCUUUUUAAAAAGGGUUGUUACCAGAGAUAUACCAGUUUGGUAGGAAGGUACUAGUGGCUGGUAGAUAUCAGUUGCUAUAAAAAAAAAAAAUUCAUAUAUUUUGCUAUUUUUGCUGUUUUUAUUUUUUUAAAUUAUGUUCUAAACCUAUUUCAGUUUAGGUCCCUCGAUAAGAAUUGCUGCUGCUGCUGCUUCAGUUUUAUAUGGGGUUGUAUUAAACAAUAAUAAUAAUGUGUCGAUGCCUUUUGGGAAUCUGUUGUCAUUAUGUGCCUGGCCCUGGCCUGGCCCUGCGUCCCCCCAGCUCCCUCCGGGGCUCGGGCACGGCUGGGGCCGGCCUCGGGGGGGGGGACAGUGCCCUGGGGAGGGGCUGCCACCCUGCCCGGCCAUCACCUGCCCCUGGGGACUCGCAGGGGACGCGGGGCUCGGUGCCAGCCCCGCUGUGCCCCCCCAGCAGCCCCCGCUCCCCGGGCAGUGCCUGCCAGUGCCUUAGCAGGGCAGCAGCCUCCUGCCAGCUCUGCCUGUCCUGCUCCUGCUCCUGCUCCUGCUCCUGCUCCUGCUCCUGCUCCUGCUCCUGCUCCUGCCUGGGCUCUGCUCCCUCCAGCUGGCACCUGGGCAGAGCUGGCAUUGCCCUGGGGCCGCCUAAAGCCCUCCCUCCCUGCCGCUGGUGUCAAGAUGCUGGAGCCAGGCCACUGUUACUUGAAAAGUUUAUUUUGCCUUUGUAUGGAGAAAUAUUAUUUGUUGUAAACUCUUCUGUAAUGAA